AGAACAUCAUCUCUGAAAAUAUCAUCAGCUUACAAACACUUCUUGACUUUGUUCACACCAGCUUUUAAUUUUCAAUUUUUACUAGUGCAAGGUAACGGCCACCCAACUCAGCAAAUCCCACUUCAGCCCGGUUCAUUCAUCGAACUUUCUUGCCACCACCAUCUCAUUUUUCAUCCCCAAGAACAUCUCACCGCACCAGCAUCAACAACCGCACAUUACUACCACCACCACAAUGUCCACCUUCCUCUCCCUUACUAAUCCCCCCCUCCCACCCCCCCUCGCGGCUCUCUCCCGCGCCGCAACCCGUCAAGAACCUUCCUCAGGCCACAGCACCAACAUCCGCCCCCUCCGCCACCGCCUCCCCCCCUCCUCCUGCCCCAACCCCCUCAUCCUCCUCUCCCCCCCCUCCGACCCGCUUCCCAAGCAGAACGAGACAAUCUUCCAAUCCUUCGAAUGGUACACGCCCCCCUCCAGCACCACCCCCAAAUCCCACUGGUCCCUCCUCACCACCCUCCUCCCCUCCCUUUCCCAACUCGGCAUAACAAAAAUCUGGAUCCCCCCCGCCUGCAAGGCAGCCGACGCGAAAAACGGAAACGGGUAUGACAUCUACGACCUGUGGGACCUAGGCGAGUUUGAACAGAAGGGCUCCACCCCGACAAAAUGGGGGUCAAAAGCGCAACUGGAGGAGCUUUGUAGAGUGGCGGAGGGGAGGGGGGUGAAAGUUUUGUUUGAUGCCGUGCUGAAUCACAAAACUGGAGCGGACUACAAAGAGAGGGUCAAGGCGAAGAAGGUUGACCCCUUGGACCGGAAUAGGGAACUAGAUGGGGGGGAGGUGAGGGAGAUUGAGAGUUGGACGGGGUUUACGUUCCCGGGGCGGGGGGGGAGGUACAGUGGUCGGGAAUGGGACAGGAGACAUUUUACGGGGGUGGAUUGGGAUGACUUGACUAGGGAAAAGGGGGUUUGGAAGCUGGGGGGGAAGGAGUGGUGUGUGGAUGUGGAUGAGGAGGUGGGGAAUUAUGACUUUUUAAUGUUUGCCGAUAUUGACCACAGACAUCCGGACGUGCAGCAGGAUGCUUUUGAUUGGGUAAAGUGGCUGCCGACGCAGCUGAAGAUUGGAGGGUUGAGGUUGGAUGCGAUUAAGCAUUAUAGCUUCCAGUUUCAGAAGAGACUGCUGAGGCAUAUUGACGAUAAUGUUGAGAAGGGAAAGGACUGGUUCAUUGUUGGAGAGUACUGGAGAGAGGACUCUGAGUUCUUGGCCAAGUAUAUUGAGUAUAUGGACCACAGGAUUUCGCUGUUCGAUGUGCCGUUGUGCUCUAAUUUGAGCAAGAUAUCUAUGGCUGGGGAGAGAGGCGACCUAAGGGACCUGUUCAAGGAUGCUUUGUGUUUGUGGAAGCCUAAUAACGUUGUGACAUUCGUUGUUAAUCACGACACACAGCAAGGCCAGUCCCUUGAGACUCCCGUAGCCCCCUGGUUUCUACCCCACGCCUAUACCCUCAUCCUCCUCCGCGCCAACACCGGCGUGCCCUGCGUAUUUUGGUCUGACCUCUACGGCUCCUUCGCCUCCGGCCCCUCUUCUUUCAUCCCUCCCAUGUCCAGCAAUCCCACCCUCCUCGCUCGCCUCAUCCUCAUCCGCAAGUUCUACGCCUAUGGCACCCAGCAUGAUCUCUUUUCCCACCCACACUGUGUCGGUUUCACUCGCGAGGGUCAUUCCGCCCACGGUGGGGGUGCUGGGCUAGCGGCGGUGAUGGGUAACCAGUGGGGCCUGUCAAAGCUGAAAAUGUACGUUGGGAAACACCACAGUGGGGAGAAAUGGAUCGAUUUCUUGAGACUGUGUCCCGGGGAGGUCAUGAUUGAUGAUGAGGGUUGGGGGGAGUUUCCUGUGUCGGGCAACAAGGGUUGCUCGGUUUGGGUCAGUGAGACAGCAGAAGGGAAGGAUGAGGUUAUCAACCUCAAAUUUAAUUCGGAUAUCUAUGGCAUCGAGGCCGAGAUGAACAGGCGACAAUCCAUGUUCGAGAGAAGACAGUAUGAAAUCGAGAGCAUGAGCCGGAGAGCCCUUGCAAGCAAUCUUCCAACCGUUUAAAUCUAGAUAUGUAGCCUGAUAACCAAAAUAAAU